AUGUUAUCUCCCUUAGCUUCAUCCAAAAGAAAUGAGCCAAUGGAAAAGCAGCUUUCAGACUUGAGAGCCCUUUUGAAUGAAAGUCAACUGUUGCUCGGGAAGCACUUGGAAAACUUGAAUUACUGCUCUCAACAAAUUGAUUCCACACAUGCACACCAAAACUUCCAGAAGCAAUUUAGUGAUUUGGAAUUGGAACUUAACAACUUGUUGGGGAUAUUCCGGGAAAAACUAAAUAAGAAUAAGAAUCAGAAUAAGGACUCUACAGCUUCUAAAUUAGUAAAUCUACAGAGUUCAGUAUUUACAGAUGAACUUAGGCAGAUCAUAGUGUCUGGCAAAAAUUUGAUCGAUUCUAUGGACGACAAAGAACUCAAUCAAGAUCUAGCGGACAGUCUAGAAAACAUAGUGCUGGCAUUCAGCAAGGGCAAAUUGGAAGAUAUUCCCAAGUCCAUAGAGAACCAGAAAUAA